AUGGACCUCCUCAUCUCCGCCCUGAUCCCUGCAGUUGGAAGCCGGUUUGUUGCACCUCGCCUCGAUUUUCCAGUGUCCACCCUUGAGGCUGUUCUGGCAUUUCUUGGAAUCUAUGCCUUGCUCAAGAACGAUACCUUCCUACUGGGCCAGGCUAUCAAUUUGUUCAAGUCUAUCCCGCCUCAGGAAUACAUCGGAUGGAUGAGACAGUGGCCGGAUGAGCCAUUGAUUAGGUUUCUGGACGUCGGAAAUCGCGAGGUCAUUGUCGUCAACAGUGUGAAAGCCACAAAAGACGUUUUGCAAACUCACUGCUACUCAUUCGUCAAGCCGGAUUUCUUGCACCGUGUGCUCGGCGAGAUCACAGGCACUGGGCUUCUCUUUGCAGAGGGCGAGCACCAUAAAGCGCAAAGAAGGCUUCUGGCAGGCCCCUUCUCUUAUGGAACCAUCAAAAACUUGUUACCUUUCUUCGAAACCAAGGCCCAGGAGCUUCGAAAAGCGAUACGCACUGUUGCCGAUAAAACCCCCGGGGCUCCAAUCGAGAUCUCUACCUUGCUGACCCAGACUACACUGGAUGCCAUCGGCCUGGCUGCACUCGGUUUGAAAUUCAACAACCUCGACAGCCCGACCGAAUUUGCCGUGGCCUUCGAAGAUGUAUUCAAAAUGGAGCGCUCGUUGAUGUCUACAUUGAUGUCGGUCCUUAAUAUUUACAUGCCAAUACGAAAGAUCCUCCCCAUCAAAGUGAACCGAGAGUACCUAGCUGCGAAUGCCAAGAUCCGAGAACAUGUCCGACAGAGAAUCCGAAGCCGGAAAUUAGAACUCGAAGACGAGAAAGCUAGGGCCAGCGCCACCGACCUUUUGGCCGUCUUACUCAAAGAGAGGGUCUCUGGUGUCAAUCCAUGGACUGAGGACGAAAUGGUGAAUCACAUAUUGAAUUUCAUGGCAGCUGGUCACGAGACAACGGCUGGAGCAUUAACACUGACGCUCUUCUUACUGGCUGAUCAUCUUGAAGUGCAAACCCGUCUGCGCGAGGAGAUCAACAAGGCAAUUCCGACGCCGAACGACCUGACCUAUAACUCGGUUAAUAGUAUAAACUACCUAUCAAAUGUCGUCAAGGAAGUCCUCCGUUUAUAUCCUCCAGCGAUUUUGUCCCAUAGAGAAGCCGCGAAGGAUGUCAUGGUUGAUGGUGUCCGGCUGCCCAAGGGAACCUUGGUCCAUGUGGUCCCGGCCAUGAUUCAUUACAACACUCAUAUCUUCGGCCCCGAUGCAGACAAGUUCAUCCCCGACCGUUGGGACAAUCUUCCGAAGGAGGCCUCCGACCCUUUUGCAGCCGGGAGUUUCCUGAAUGGGCCUCGAAUCUGCAUCGGCAAAGCAUUCGCUCUUCUCGAAUACAAGGUUUACUUGAUCGAGCUACUAAAGGCUUUUGAAUUUGUUCCUAGUGAGAAGCGCAUGCAAUUCCAACGAGGAGGUCCAAGUCUUCGCCCUCAGGGCGGAUUGUGGUUGACUCCGAAACCGCUGGAUGGAUCAGUGAAGGCGUAG